GAGCGAAAAAUAUAUUGUAAUAAAAGAAGUUCCAAAUUUCCCAACUUUUUUUUUUUGCUGUUCUAAAUAUUGACGCACCCUAACUUAGUCAUCUCACUAUCUGCACUUGCUUAUCACUGUCUUCGCAAAGCUCUUGCAAAAGCUCGGCUUACCAUGCGGUGCAGUGGAGUACAGUCGAAAGUGAAGCGAGCUUAGCAUUAGAGAAAAAGCAAUUAGUCAAAGCAGACGUAUUUAUUGUCUGUCGGCCACCGAAUUUUAUAAUCCCACGUGAAUCUGCGAAUUAUAUAAUCUGGCAGUGGCAAAAUACCAGAUCGACCCCAAGUGAGAAUAUAUGUGAGGAUAGACGUCUAUAUAUAAAUAAAUAUAUAAACAGUGCAGUGAUAAAUUUCAUAAUUAAUACAGGCAUAGAAUCCCCAGAAAUUCGGCUCAUCGAGCUCGGCACUGGCGGAUGGUAGCCUCUGUGGGCCACUAAUGGUCCAUUCAACCUCUAUUACAACUAUAGAGCGCCGUGUGGCCCUAGUGAACAACUAUAUAUUGGGUGCACAAAUUUGGUCGGAGAUCACAACCAGAUUGGCUGCCCAACGGAGUACCAAAAGACUGUGAUUCUGACCGUCCCCGACAUACACCCGAGAUCACGGCCAAGUUUGAUUUGAAUAUUAGCGGAGCACAUACAGGCACAUACGCCUGAAAACCAAGAAUACACUGGAUGAGUAGUGCAUAGUACAACAACAGUACCACAAUCCACAAUGCAACAACAAUAAGUUCAGUUAUAUUGUAUCAAUCUUUCUGCAUGCUGCUAUGAUUUGCUGAGAGUGACACGAAUUACAUCGUCUGUGUCUUCUAGAUAUUUUGUAUUAAAUUAGUAACAUAAAAUUAAUAAUUCUAAUGGAAAAUUGUUGAGGCAUACUCGUGGAUGCAACAAAAAUGAAUUAAUUCUAAUUUUUGGUACAUUUAUAUUAAUUAUCUGUAUAUUUUCUCAUAUAGUAUUAUAUCAUUAUCAACACAACAUUAUCAUCGUCACUCAUCUUCGUCAUGGUACCACGACAGUAAGAAAACGACAUCUGAGUAAGUUAACUUAAACAAGUAGAUGUUACAAAAGGUAACUUUAAUGACACAAAUGAUUAUAUAAAUGUGCCUAAUUGUUAAUCAAAUGAAAUUAUCACGAGUACGUCUCAGACUUGAAUUAAUUUUGUAAAUAUUAGUAAUCAUAUCACAUAUGUAUGUAACAAACGGAGUAUCAUGAAUUCUUUAUUAAUUAAAAUUUCACAUGAAGUGAUUAAUGAAAUAAUGUUUUGCUAAUUUUGCUUAAUAUGGUCUGUCGAGUAAACGAAGGGAAGAUGUCGAAUAUAUAGAAAACUUAAAUAUAAUUUAAAGUAGGGGUAACUUAUAAAAAAAUCGAAAGUUACCAUGGUCGGGAGGGUAGAGAUGAGGAACUCAACAUCUAGAUUCCUCUACUAGGUAAUUUCUUAGAAGAAAACUCCACUAAAGCGUGUGUCGGCGCGAAAACUCUUUUUAUUGUUCUUUUUGAUUCCUAUAAAGCUUUCUUUUUGUAUAUUCCGUCUGCGUAUUAACUAUUUGCAUGUGUUAGCGCAGCCGCAAGUGAUCGAGUGAGGAAGAACCCCGACCAAUCCGACGAGCUAGAACCGAGCAUAGCAAGAAUACGCAACCUACCAAGCUCGAUCACGGACAAUCAGUGCCUUCUAAAGCCUGAUAAGGUUUUGGUACACUACACAUAGUAAAAUUGGCGCCCAAGCGUGGGACCCGAGCAAGAAAAACAUAAAUAUCCCACAUUCACUCGUCUAUUCCAUCCAAAAUUCAAAUAGCUUAAUUAUAAUAGGACUGGAUUUUUGAGGUUCAUAUGGAAGUGUUUUAGAAUCUGGUUUAGGAAUAUGCGAUGUAAGUUACUACUCAGUAAUUUAUCGACCAAAACAGAUCUAGAGACUUCUGGUGCACAUUCUUUAAUCUUUCACUAUUAUAAAGCUUUGCGUUCAUUCAUGAUAGUAUAUUCUUGGAUGAUAUUUCAAUAGUAGUACUCUAGAAUCACACUUUGGAUCCAACGAUGGCACUUAGUUCUUCGGGGUGCACGACCAAGAAGAUCUAGUGGUGAACUUACUGAUUUGGAUUUCAAGAAAGACUGUAAUGUAUUUAAAUAAAAAGGAUCGUCAUGAUAAGGAUUACAUAAUUCAGUUUAUAUCAGAUUAUGUCCAUCAUGAUUAAUUAUAUCACAAACUUAAAAUAGCCUUUAGUUACAAUAAGGGGAUUUCCUUCUUAACAAAUUACGCCUAGUUAAUUAUAUUCGUACAGAUUCCAUUACGUUGAAAGACAGACCUAAUGUUUAUAUGAUUUUGAUAAAUUUUUAUUCAAAAUGCCACUCGAACGCAGCACCGAUAAUAUUCAAGCGACUUUGCGAGAUCAAAGCCCAUUUUGUGGUAUUUGCAAUGAGGUUUUAGUAGAUACAGAACUUGUAGCUAAGACUCCUUGUAACCAUAAGUUCCAUGCAAAUUGUAUUCGUGAAGCCAUAAGAGAAAAAACGGCUUGUCCAACUUGUAGUACAAAUUGUACUCUCAAUGUUUUGAGUUAUUCAAAUAACAACUUAUCAGUAGAACUAAAUGCAGCGGCUUCGUUACCAGCAAGUGCAAACGAAUCUGAAGUAGCUAAUGAUAGCUUGCAAAGGCAAUCUAAAGCUAAGAAUUAUAGAGGUAGAGGCCGAGCAACUACUACUUAUUCAGGUAUGACCACCAGAUCAUCCACAAGACGGUUGGUAGAGCCAAUGUCUCAAGUAGAAAUAGCUAACUAUAUCCAAGCAAGUAUGGCAGUUCAACAAGCGCAAAUGAUGGAAGAAUUAACAUCUUUUAUAUCCAAAAAACUUGAAGUUAAUGAACAUUUAUCUUCAGUUCAGUCCAGUAUACCACCCCAACAAGACUCUUACUCUAGUCAAGUCAGAAACAAUAGUCCAGCAGUCAAUACAAAUCAGGGUAGAAACAGCGUACCCAGAUCUGAAUCUUAUUCUAGUAUACCUCCAGAAAAGGUAUCGAACAUUAUUCAAAAUUGGAGAAUUAAGUUUGACGGGUCAAAACAAUGUAUACAUAUGGACGAAUUUAUCUAUCGAGUUCGAUCUCUUACAGAUCAAAAUCUUAAUAGAGAUUAUAAAGUUUUGUGUGAUCAUCUACAUUUAUUGUUUAAUGGCAAAGCAAGUGACUGGUAUUGGAAGUUCCAUCGUAACCAUGACAACUUCACUUGGGAAACCUUCUGUAAAGAGUUUCGUGAAAGAUUCGACGAAGGUGAAACAGAUUUAGAUUUGAUGGAUAAGAUUAGGAAAAGACAUCAAGGGGUAAAUGAACCUUUUGACGACUUUCAAUUUGCAAUUGAGGAUCUAGCAGAUAGACUACAAAGGAGUUUGUCUGAAAACCAGAUAGUCGAUAUAUUGAUCCGCAAUUCUCAACCCAGUCUACACCAUGAACUAUUGCAUUUAAAAAUUUCUAAAAGAUCUCAGUUACGCGAGGCCGUGCGGAAGCAUGAAUUAUUUUAUUCUGAUGUAAAGUCUUUUAAGCCGCGAACACUUCGUUCGUACGUAAAUGAGAUAGCUUAUAAUGAUGAAAGUGAGUUACAGUCGAGAGACUCUGAAAUAUUAGGAGAAGAAAUAUUAGCAUUCCAGAAGAAAUCUUCUGCACCAAUUUGUUGGAAUUGUGACAAAUCUGGUCACAGGUUCGACGAUUGUUUAGAGCAGCGUAACAUAUUCUGUUAUGGAUGUGGCGCUAAGGAGACUUUUAAGCCACGUUGCCAGAAAUGUAAUCCAUCGGGAAACCGAACUGCGGACGUGUCCAAGAAUCUCAAGUAAGCACGUCCGAUAUUGAGAAUAAACUUGAAUCGCAAUCAAUA